GGGGCCUAGCGGGAAGGGGGCAGGGCUCGCCGAGGGGCGGGGUUUAGAGCCCCCGAGUCUACACCGCCGAAGUCGGGGGACGGGCCUAGCCAAAAGGGGCGGGCGAGGACGGCCCGCGGGCGGCGGUCACUGGAAAGGCUGUACUGGGCGGCUGACCGAGGGGCUGACGCGCGGAGGGGUAGACAGCUGGGGACUGCGGGCGGCGCUGUGUCCGUCGCCAUGACAGAUCAGACGUAUUGUGACCGCCUGGUGCAGGACACGCCUUUCCUGACAGGCCACGGGCGCUUGAGUGAGCAGCAGGUGGACAGGAUCAUCCUCCAGCUGAACCGCUACUACCCACAGAUCCUUACCAACAAGGAGGCGGAAAAGUUCCGGAACCCCAAGGCGUCCUUGCGUGUGCGGCUCUGUGACCUCCUGAGCCACCUGCAGCGGAGCGGCGAGCGGGACUGCCAGGAGUUCUACCGAGCCCUGUAUAUCCAUGCCCAGCCCCUGCACAGCUGCCUGCCCAGCCGCCACGCUCUGCAGAACUCAGAUUGCACACAGCUAGACUCGGGCAGCCAGAGCGGCGAGCUGAGUGACAGGGGUAACACCUCCCUGCUGCCCUCCCUCUCUCUCCCUCUUUCCCUCUCUCUUUACCCUCCCCAGGGCUCCAUCUCCGCCUCAGGGGCUUCUCCACCCCAAGUGUGGCUCCAUUCCUGGCCUUCUGUUGGUGACAGACCCCCUAAGGUGCUCGCUUGGGGGCUCUUCAGGCAGCACCUCAGCCUGGCACCCCCUCCCCUGCGCAGCCCCCGAGCCUCAGGACCCCACCCCUCUGAGGCCCAGGGGAGCCCUGUUCACGCUGGUGUCUCCCCAGGACCCAUGAGCUUCCUGGCUGGUCUGGGCCUUGCUGUGGGACUGGCCCUGCUCCUGUACUGCUAUCCACCAGACCCCAAGGGCCUGCCAGGGACCCGGCGCGUCCUCGGCUUCUCGCCUGUCAUCAUCGACAGACAUGUCAGCCGCUACCUGCUGGCCUUCCUGGCAGAUGACCUAGGGGGGCUCUGACAGACCCCGGACCCAGGGCCUCACCCGCCACUCAACCAAAGAGUCCUCCAGCCGACCCGCCAAGGGGACUGCUGCUUCUUUUUCUAAAUGCUUAUUUUUCAUUAUUUAUAAUUUGUGUAAAAAACACACCUUCGGCCGGGCGCGGUGGUUCACACCUGUAAUCCCAGCACUUUGGGAGGCCAAGGCAGGCGGAUCACGAGGUCAGGAGACUGAGACCAUCCUGGCUAACACGGUGAAACCCCGUCUGUACUGAAAAUACAAAAAACUAGCCGGGCGUGGUGGCGGCGCCUGUGGUCCCAGCUACUCGGGAGGCUGAGGCAGGAGAAUGGCGUGAACCCGGGAGGCGGAGCUUGCAGUGAGCUGAGAUCGCACCACUGCACUCCAGCCUGGGCGGCAGAGCGAGACUCCGUCUCAAAAAAAAACAAAAACAAAAAAACACCUUCAUCUUACCAGGUGCUGACCAUAUUAAAUGUUCAAGUUCCCUCAGCCUGCCUUGCUCCUCAGUCUCAGGAGGGCUUCAGAGAUGACGGCAGCUAUGGCUGCUUCAGCUGGGACUGGCCCUGGUGUUCCCGGCAUCUCCACAUCCAGCUGCUGGCACAGACCCCCAGACAGGACACCCCCAACAUGGGCUCACCUGCCUCGGAUAAGCCCCCGGGCACUGCCUCCCCACCUCAGAUGUCCCCCACACUGCCCCCUCCUCCCACCUUGUGUGCCUCUCUCUGUCACACACACACACUCUCUCUCUCUCUCUCUCUCUCUCUCUCUCUCUCUGGCUGCUGAGCCUGGGCCGGAGACCUGCUUCCCUCCCCUUGUCAGCUCCUCCCCCAAGCCUUUUAGUGGGGAAACGAGAAUAUUUGUCAACCCGCAGAAUCAUCAUGAGUUUGCAUUUUCCAGGGGGUUUCUGGAGGCACCCAGGCUUUGCCCCAGAAGGUGCUGGGGGCCCCUAACCCUGGGGUGAUGCCACUGGCAGGGCGAGGCUAUGAGUGCGGCUCCUGGAGGGACCAUGCUCAGUCAGUCGCAGGGUCG